CCUUGGAUUCGGAUUCCAGAAUUCUGCUGAAGUUGUUAGAAUGUUUUCUUCAUCUCCACCAUCACUAAACCUAAUUUUCUGAAUUUAACUUCAAGCCCUAAUUUUGCGAUUUUUUCUUCAAGCCAUAAUUUCGGGUCCAAGUGAUCUGAGGCAGCGUCGCAGUUAUUUUCUAUCGCGGAGAUUGGAACCACAGAGAGGAAAAGUUGCAGGAGCUAUGGGUAUAAUACGAAGCAGCUUCUCCUUCAUUCUCGGGACUGCUUGUGGCGUCUACGUUGCUCAGAACUACAACGUUCCCAACAUUAAGAAGCUCGCCAACACUGCCCUUUUCAUGGCCAAGCACGUCGAAGAGAAGUAUCGGAAGCCCAAGAAGCGGGACGACAACGACGACCUUUAGCCGCUGGACGGCAUCGGUUGGUUGCCGGGUCCAGGUUUUUCUUUUUGAACUUUUGAUGACUGUGCGAUUGAGGAUUUUCAAUCAGAAAAUAAGAUAAAUCCAGUGAUUGUUAUGCGGCCAA